AAAUAUUUAUACAGAGGGGGAACGACAUCACUUAUCCACAACACAUUCAUUCACAUAAGGGAGGGCUACUUCCAGAGCUGAGUUAGAGUGAUCUGCUCUGUUUGCCACAAGGAACAUCACUUCUUCUUGCUGAUAUUCGCUUAGACAAGUUUUCAGAGAGAGGUUUUGUACUAACCAGAGUUCACCAUGAGCUUUUGGAUUUUUGUUUUUGGGGUGAUUCUCACUGUGUAUCAGAUUGGGAGUAAUCCGGCCAGUGCCGGGAUGUGCUGGCUGCAGCAGAGUCAAGACCAAAGGUGCGACAUGGUGCUGAUGAGAGGGGUGACCAAAGAGGAGUGCUGUGCCGGGGACCGACUGGACACAGCAUGGUCCAACACCAGCCUGCCCAUGAAUGAGGUCAGCCUGCUGGGCUUCCUGGGAAUUGUCUCCUGUAAACCAUGCAAAGAGACUUGUGAGGGAGUCAAAUGCAGCCCUGGGAAGGUUUGCAAGAUGAAGACAGGAAGGCCUCAGUGUGUGUGCUCUCCAGACUGCUCUCACAUUUCCCGGAAGCAUGCUGUGUGCGGCAGCGAUGGAAAGACAUAUAAGGAUGAAUGUGCUCUGCUGAUGGCCCGCUGCAUGGGACACCCAGACCUGGAGGUCAUGUACCAGGGAGAGUGCAAAAAGUCAUGCUCCAACGUGGUGUGCCCAGGAACUCACACCUGUGUGACUGACCAGACCAACAGCGCUCACUGUGUCAUGUGCCGCACAACACCUUGCCCAAUACCCAUGCCAUCUGAGCAGCCAAUCUGCGGCAAUGACAACAUCACUUACCCCAGCGCCUGCCACCUCCGCCGGGCCACCUGCUUCCUCGGCCGCUCCAUAGGAGUCCGCCACUAUGGCCACUGCAACAGUCCUCCUCGGAAAGUUCAGAGCGCUGAAGGCAGUGAGGAAAACGCAGUCUAGACGGACGAUUCCUGACGCAGCCCUUUUCUAGAGACGAGUUGGUUUCCAAGUGUCACACCACACCACCAGCUUCCCGUGAUGACCUCUUUUUUUUUUCUUUUCUUUUUUUUUUGACAAUCACUCCCCCCCCCCCUUGUACACAAAAUGACGAUACAUUUAAUACGGAAGACCUGCCUUGGAAGACACACUUUAGCGUAACUGCCUCAAAAAGAGCGACAAAAACCUGUGAGCAAUUUGCGUUGAUCUUGUGUUAGUCUAGAAGGUAGAGGCGGAAGAACGCAUGUAUCUCGAGACAGAAAUAUCUCAUGAGCUCUUUGGGAGAUGUGUGCAUAUUGUAAAUAGAAUACCACUACUAUUUAUUGGAGAACGUAUCAAACUCUAUUUAUGUUUUUAUCUCAGUAACAACUCCAUAUAUCCUUGGGAAAGCUGAUGCAAAAAAACAAAUGUAUUUAUUGUGUUUUGUUUAUUGUGUAUGUACAAUAGCGGUCACUGGCAUUGGCAUUUUACAACUUUUUACAGUUUUUACAGUCUCCAAUCCCCACAAACAAACAGUUUUUCCUCUUAAGCUGAUGGAAAGCAACGCUAAUUUGUCUGGAAAGCUGAUACCACUUUAUAGCCUGCCAGUGUGGUUUUGAUCCACCACAAACAAGCACAGGACAACUAUAGCUGUGCUGUAUGUACUUCAGCUUUUGUGUGGGAGGUGAGGAAGGGGUUCAGCCUAAACAAACCUGUAUAGUCUCUCUCCCUUUCUCCCACCACACACAUGUUUACUCUGGAUCCUGAUCCAAACUCUCGGGCCACCCGCCGAUCACUAAAAUUAACAGUUUGGUUGUAGUAGUCUCGGAAGACUGUUGGUACAACCCCAAGCCCUCUACAAUACCUCCUCUGUUGAACACUCUGCUUUUUGUUUUGUAAAUGCAUUUUUGUAAGUCAUGCUUGUUCAUUCUGAUGCUGCUUUGACUCAAUUGGAAAUUCUUCUUUUAAAGAACUUACCGUACAGACAAAUGUAAUUAGUGGCGUCUGAUUGAAAGGAAAAUUUAAUUUGUCUGGGAAUGGACUGCAAUUUAGGCCAACUGAACAUACCUGAUUAUACUGCCAUCAGAGAUGAGUCAAUCUGCCCAGUGUUGAGACUGGUAAACCUGGUAGAUGACAGUACAAAUGGUCAAGUGAUCCUAUUCAAUCUUUAAACUGAAAGCAGAUGUGUGAUUACUUUAAAUAAUCUUUAUAGUGUAUUAUGGAACAUUUUCAUGACUCUCCUGUAAAUAACAAUCUCAUGUGUACCUACCUGUGUACCUACUGUGAAAUCUGAAUGAUAAAUACAUCAACAUAUUUUUGUAUUUUUGUACUGCCACUUCACAACAACAUAAAGUUUAAUAUUUGUCACAA